GACGACUUUCGCAGCUUGGGCCAAUGCAGACCUUUACCCUGGCGAUUCCGCCGGCGUGUCUCCCGCUCGCGUCCAUCCAUCCAGGCAGUCCGAGUUAACGGACGACGACGACACAGCUUUGUUCGCAAUUCGGCACCCUAGGUUGAAAGUCGCGCCCCUGCCUCGUGUGCAGCUCACUCCUCGCGUGUUGCGCACCAUCAUUUCAUUCAACCAUGAAACAGGUGCCAUGCGUCUACAACGACGCACUACGACACAGCCGUAUCUUGCACUCAAAUAAUUUGCGUCCGGCUGGCACCAGGUUCGCAGCACCCCAUCCAUCCUUUUCCACCGAUCUCUAUCUCUCGUGCAUGCAAAGGGCCUAUCGGACGCUAUCGACAUCGACCGGUUCUUUUCAUCUCGCAUCUUCCUCCACUGGCAUGACACGCACGCCAGGCGCACAUGCCCCCAACGGCAUUCUCCAUAGGCAUAACAGCCAGGCCCCAGUACAACGCGCACGCACUUACUCCCAAUCGCAGUCACGCAGGGCGAGCGUGUACAGGACAAGUAUACACGGUUCAUCAACGUCAGCGACUGUUCACCUCUCCUGGCUGUUUCGUUCCAACGUCUCUCCCAGAAGGAGUGGCAUGCGCCUGUCCGGUGACGUGCAGAAGCGAUAUUUCUCUGGUAUCGGUGAGAUUAUCAGCGUCUUAGCUAAUCCUUCGGAAACUCUGCGUUCCUUGGCCGAGUCGAAGAGAAUGCUCGAGGAAACACGAAGGGAGCUCGCCGAAGCUCGCGAACGUGCCCAGCUCAGUCCAGCGCACACAUUCUCUCCUUUGCCCAACUUUUAUCGACGGCCAGCUGAAAUGAAAGCCAUUGAGAGCGCUCUGCAGGGCGAUCCGAGCUUUACUGUGCUGUUCGGUGCGAGCAGCGUAGGAAAAACAGCCUUGUUAAGGCAGGUCCUCACAAGCGACAGAUACUAUGUCCUUCACUUCGAUCUCCGCAUCGCUGGAUUUGCAGAUCUUGCAAGCUUAUAUCUUAGUCUCAGUCAACAAAUGGAAUCCUUUUUUAUGGAAAUCUCCAAGGACCCAGGCCACGAAGAGUUUGAGAAGCAGGCCUGGGGUUUCAAGCACGACCGCCUUAACGUUGAGAGACGCAUCACAAAUUCCUCCCCCCAAGAUGGGAUUAGCGCGGGUGUCCUUGGAGAUAUCAAAGUCAGCGACGUCGCUCGGCUCAUGGAGCUCUAUCAGAGUUCGCUUCUGCACUACCGGAACUUUAAGCCAGAUCCGGAGAGCGUGCGUAAAGAAAAGAAAAAGAGGGAGGAGUCCUCGCAGCCAUCUCGACCAGCGAUGCCGGAACGCCGCCCAUCAAGAAUGCGCUUCUCGUGGCUGCGACCCAAGAGUAAGCAGCCGGUGCAGCUGAGUGCAUCGCAUGGGGGCAGGUCUGUGCAAAUCGAAGAGACAAAGCCAAAUGGCGAUGCAGCCAAGGACACUGAACAGCCUGCCAAGAAAAUGCCUGUCUUAUUCAUCGACGAGGCGCAUAAGUUGCCAGCACUUAUCCGUUCGACGGACGCCAUGAAAUGUCUUCUAGACGCAAUGCUCGUGCUUACGAAGCAGGAUCGCCUAUGCCAUGUCAUACACGCGACGAGCGAUCCUUUCUACCAGACCUGGCUCAGGCAGCUAAACGUAAUGCAGCACUGCAAGAUCAUCACAGUCGGCGACUACACCAAGCACGAGACGCGUCGUUACUUCAGAGAGGUGAUUCUGCCAAAUGUUCCCGAACAUCUGCGAUCGGGGCUGGAUUUUGAGCGACUAUACGACGCCUUUGGUGGGAAAAUAGCGCAUUGGCAGGAUUUUACAACAGAUUAUGUCAAUGCGAAUGGAAAACUUGAUAUUAAGCAAAGCUCCCACUUCCUCCAAGCGCACUCCCUGCUCAACCUGCAUGUCAUACACGCUGCGCAGGCUCCACCCCCUAGCGAUGACGAUGCCGGCCCGAAGUCGCCUCGUAGUCCUGUCCCCCCCGGGAACGGCAGCGGGAAUCCGCUCCAACGUACACCCUCGAAUCAACCUCUGAGCACAGGGACCGGUUUUCGCAUCUAUUCCCCGCUCACCCUUAAUGUCGACCCCCAUCAGUCUCCAUCUUCAUUCACUCCCGCCGGAGUAGGUUCGGACAGCAUGGCAGAGUUCACCGCUAUUCAGUUAUUGAAGGUUAUGGACAGGCUUGUCCAGCCUGGCACUCGCGCUCUGUCCUAUUUCCACCUAUGUCGCGAGAUGGGUGCGCGCGCGGUCGACGGGAUGGUGCGCGGGCGCAUCCUCGACUUGCGCUGGACAGACCCAGUGUCCAAAGAGGGCUGGGACCCCCGCGUGCUGAGCAUGCGCCCGCGCGAAAGCCUGCACCCGGGUCGCGUGACCGGCGCCGGGAGCAGCGGCACGAUGGUGAACGAAGUCCCGCUGGCGGCAGAGGUCGACGAAGAGAUGAUGACGGCACUUACCGACGAAGAGUUCAUGCGUGAGGAGCAACGCGUGUAUGAGCUUCGCGCGGUCGAGGAAGAGGAGGAGAUCGUUGGCCCGAAGCUGGUGUCCACGACACCCAUCAUGCGGUUUGCCAUGCGCGAGGUCGUGCAGGAAUAUUACGAAGACGACGACAGGACGGUGUCGGAGUAUGCGUCAUUGUCGGAAGUCGAAGAAUACUAGGUUAGCUUCAGCUUCUUUCAAGUGGCAUGUUGUGCAGCUGUUUCUUCUUCUGCGUUCCCCCCCUCAGCAUUACUUCCAUGUUGGCUUCAUGCGUUGCCUCAUGUCGCUCUCGUGCUUCUGGUACUAAUUUAUCACGCAGGAUCGCUGUACAUUUUCGAGAUAUGUCGUCCUAAUGGUUGCUGUAAAUUUGGACAUUAUAAUACGUGUAUUGUAGUACUGCAAUCAUGCAGAAAAUAACCAUUUAUUCCUUUGUAAACU